AUGGUCGCGGAACGUGCCCCUCGAGAUCUCGGCAGCUGCGUGCGCACUGCAUCUUCCUAUUGGCCGCUAGGAGCUAGGGGGCAGGACUGGCAGUUUGAGCCCAGUUGGAGGGCGCGGUCGCCUGCUAUGGUAAGCAGGAUGUACGAGAGCAGCAGGAGGGGCGUUCCGGUCCCUAUGGACACCCAGAAAGCGAAUCGAGCACGCUCACAAGCGUUCGGUGUGCCACGGGCAUAUGUAUGGGAUCCAGAGUGGCGAGACGGGUGCAGAUGGGCUUAUGGGGAAGGAGGUCGAGGAGAGACGUGCUGA